AUGAGUCCCAGCGUUCUAACGCAGUCCGCCGUUGCUCUUCCAUCCAGCCAGCGGUGCGAGCCCGGGUCUAUCAACCUUGAGGUCGCAAAAUGGCCUGACAGAGUCACGGACGGACCGGUUGAUGCCUAUGCGACAGCGAAAGAAAUCAUCUUGACACUUAACUCGUACCUUGGCAAGGCCCCUUCCAAAGCGGCUGCUGAGGGCGUGGCAUCUCUGUUUAGUGAUGACGAGUGUUACUGGCGGGACCACCUUGCACUGUCCUGGGACCUGAGGACCCUCAAGGGCAAGGACAGCAUCGUUGAGUUCUUGCAAGACAACUCCAAUCUCACCAAGGUCUCCGUGGAUGCCUCAUCAGAGUGGCGCAAACCUAAAUACGCACCCUUGAACCCGCACCAGACAUCUAAGGGCAUCGUUUUCUACACGACCAUCACUACGAAGCUGGGUUCUGGCCGUGGUGUCGUGCGUCUGGCCCAAGAUGGCUCGGGAUCUUGGAAGAUCUGGACCUUCUUCACCUCACUCGAAGAGCUCAAAGGCUUUGAGGAGCCAACAGGUCCGCGACGGCCAAAUGGCGCACAGCAUGGCUACCACAGGAGCCGAAAGAACUGGCUGGACAGAAGGAACGAGGAAUCCAGCUUUGUGGACCGAGACCCAGAUGUUCUCAUCAUUGGUGCUGGCCAGGGUGGCUUAUCUGCACAUGCCAGGCUCAAGAUGCUGAACGUGCCAACGCUCAUUGUCGACAUGAAUGAUAAUGUCGGCGACAACUGGCGAAAGCGCUACCACCAGCUCGUUCUCCAUGACCCAGUCUGGAUCGAUCACCUGCCAUACAUCCAGUUCCCUGAGUGGUGGCCUAUUUUCACACCUAAGGACAAACUGGCCGAUUUCUUCGAACAUAUAAUUCAAUCGACAGGGCACUCCGGCAAGGCGAACAUCCCGAACAUCAAAGGAUGGGAUUCUUUCAAGGGUGACAUCAUCUGCCACUCAUCCCAAUUUCCAGGCGCAAAGCCCAACAGCCAGGGAAAGAAAGCAAUUGUGGUCGGUGCCUGCAACUCGAGCCACGACAUCUGUCAAGAUUACUAUGAGAACGGAUACGACGUGACGAUGGUCCAGAGAUCAACAACCUGCGUCGUCUCAAGCCAGUCCAUCUGCAAGAUCAGCCUGGCCGUCGCCUACGAAGAGGGUGGUCCGCCCACCGAGGAUGCCGACUUGCUCUCUUGGGGUACACCAGCUGAGGUGACCAAGGCGCAACACUUUGAGAUCACCAAGCUCCAUCAGAUCAAUGACAAAGAAACCCUCGAGGGCCUGGCAAAGGCAGGGUUCAAGACCGACAAGGGACCAGAUGAUUGUGGUCUCUACAUCAAGUAUUUCCAGCGGGGUGGUGGGUACUACAUUGACGUCGGCGCAUCGCAGCUCAUCAUCGACGGCAAGAUCAAGGUCAAGCAAGGCCAGGAGAUCACAGAGGUGCUGCCGAAGGGGCUGCGGUUCGCAGACGGAACUGAGCUCGAAGCGGACGAGAUCAUUUUCGCGACGGGGUAUCAGAACAUGCGCACCCAAGCGAGCAGCAUAUUCGGAGACAAGGUCGGCGACAAGCUUCGAGACAUCUGGGGCUUUGACGACAGCGGCGAGUUCCGGGCCUUGUGGAGGGACUCUGGCCACCCCGGCUUCUGGUUCCACGGCGGCAAUCUGGCCGUGUGCAGGUACUAUUCGAGACUUCUUGCGCUGCGGAUCAAGGCCCAGCUGGAGGGCCUUGAAUAA